CUGAGGUGGUGGGUGUGGACGGGGACUCUUAUUCUGAAGUGUCUGCGGGCGCUAGUCUGAUAGCGGAAGUUCGUGCCGCUGGUAGCUGCAGUUCAGGCGGAUCCCGUCAGUGUCUGAUCACAAACUUUCUGUCAAACCCGAAAAACACCCGGAACCCGGUGACAUGGGGGAUAAGGAGUUGAUGUGGGCCCUGAAGAAUGGAGAUAUGGAUGAGGUGAAGGCUCUGCUGGUGAAGGCUGAGGAUGUGAACAGGACUCUGGAAGGAGGCCGGAAGCCGCUUCAUUACGCUGCAGACUGCGGUCAGACCGAGAUGCUGGAGUUCCUGCUGUCUAAAGGAGCCGAUGUGAACGCUCCAGAUAAACACGGCAUCACUCCGCUGCUGUCUGCCACUUACGAGGGUCAUGUGACCUGCGUCAAGAUUCUUCUAGAAAAGGAUUGUGGGUGUGUUCGUUUCACAGCGUGAUGCCUUUCACACCCGGGACCCGUCUGUAAUAAUAAUUUAAUCAUUUAAACCGAAAAACUCAAUGCACAUAUGAACACUUCACCUGGUUUUAUCUGUACCAGUGUGUCCUUAAAUAAAACCAUGCUAUUGUGAAAUAAAUCUAAUUGAUUGAAUUUGCAUUUAAUUCAUGUAAAACACAUAUUAAAAUAAAACAUAAAAAAAUAAAUAAUAAUCUGUUGAUUAACCUUGAACGUUUUUUCUUAAAAGUCUCAUUUAGUUUACAUUGUAGCAAUGAUUUUCAGCUUGAAACGGCAUUAAAAACAAAAAAUAGUUGUGGA